AUGACCUCCUCCUCUCAGAACGAUUCCCAACGCGUCCAGGACUCGAACGAUCCCGCCGACAACCAAGAACACCAUGGUCAACCGGAACGAGAGGGCACGCCUCCUCCCGUUCAAUCCCCUGUUGCCACGACCCACUCCACAAAAGAUGAGACCACAGCCGCUACCUCCCGGCGGCAACCGACUAGUCCGGACGCCAAGAGUGCCCAAGUGACUCAACUAAGGGCAGGAGAAAAAUUCGUACCAGGAACGACCAAUCAACAUCCUCCCGUCGGCUCUUCCGCAGGCCAAUCCUUCAAAGUUGGUGUUUCGGAAGAUAGGAAUCGCAAGUGUAGGAGAACGAUGGAAGAUUCUCACUCCUUCUUGUAUAGCUACGGGGGCGUCGACGGUCAAGGCUACUUUGCUGUGUUUGAUGGACAUGCUGGCAAGCACGCUGCUGAAUGGUGCGGCCAAUGGUUCCAUGAAUAUCUGCUUCACGAAUUGAUCAAUACCCCAAGAACAACGCCAGUCCCAGAUUUAUUGAACUCAACGUUCCACAUCGUCGACACCAAAUUGUCGCAGGUCGCCGCCGAAGUUGGCACUCAUUCAGGUUGCACAGCCGUUACCGCUUUCCUCAGGCUAGAAUAUCAGAAUGGGGAGCCCGUCGGGCCAGUAGGAGCGGGCAUUUCCGAGAAAGCCGUCAGUCAUGUUGAUCCGCAUGACAUAGUCGAUCAACCGUGGAAACACGAGGCGAUCGCGCUCUCAGAGGCACGUGAUAGCACUCAAAAGGCCGCUGAACAGCGAAAAUCUACAUUGGAGGAAUCACAGCAGUCGAAAGGUGCUAUCAAGCGAACUUUAUACACUGCGAAUGUAGGAGAUGCAAGAGCUGUACUCUGUCGGGGCACGAAGGCGGUCAGGUUAACAUAUGAUCAUAAAGGCUCAGAUCAACAAGAAGCUCAAAGAAUCACCGAUGCUGGUGGAUACGUCAUGAACAAUAGGGUCAACGGCGUAUUGGCGGUAACAAGAUCUCUAGGCGAUUCGUCCAUGAAAGAGUUUGUUGUUGGAUCUCCCUACACGACUGAAACGACACUCACCGCGGAAGACCAAUUCUUGAUCAUUGCAUGUGAUGGGUUAUGGGACGUAUGUGAAGAUCAGGAUGCAGUCAACUUGAUUUUGGACGUGAAAGAUCCACAGGAAGCUAGUAGAGCCCUCUUAGACCACGCACUUUCACAAUUCUCAACAGACAACCUGAGCGUGAUGGUUGUUAGUUUGAGACCGGUUUCAUUUUUCGAUGUUUGA